AUGACAAUAAAACCUACCCCAGCCAACCACCUCCGCUACGACCCCUGGACCACCUCCUCAACAGGCCACCAAUUCGCCGACUUAGCAGUCAGCACAGCCUACCGGACGAUACGACAAGAGAAAAUAGCGCGACAGUUCGGCGAGGGACAGGGGGAUUGCACAUUUGCGAGGGAGCGGAGCGGAGGGAGAGCGACAGGAGCAGGGGUAGGGGGGUUGGAAAGAGGGACGUGGGUGGAGGUUUUCGAUGGUGAUCGGAAUCGAGAUGCGGGUCCAGGACGAGGAGGACAGAGGGACAUUAGGGGGAUGUUUGGAGUUGCGAAAUCUUCGUCGGGGGAUACGGGGGUCAUGCCCGUGGGAGGGGUGAAACCUUUCCUUUCGUCUAAGGGUGAGGGUCUGAAGUGUUCGACAGUGACAGGAACACCAUCAACACCAGCGGAAACACCUUGCGACCCUCAUCCCUCAUCAAUGACACCAACAACCCAUCCCAACAACAACGAACCCGAACUCGAACCCGAGAACCACGCCAACACCAACCCACCAAAAUCCCUCCAAACCCAAACCCACCCCCAAAUCUUCAGCACCCUCACAAUCUACAUCAACGCCGCCUCGCACCCGCUCCUCUCCGACCACAAGCUCAAACACAUCCUCACCCUCCACGGCGCCACCAUCUCCCUCUCGCUCUCCCGUCGCGUAACGCACAUCAUCGUCGGGAAACCGAAUACCAGACCCGGACACGGUUCCGGUGGGGGUCUUGCCGGCGGGAAAUUGCAGAGAGAGAUUGCCCGCGCGGGGUGUAGGAGUUGGAAGGUCGUUUUUGUCGAAUGGUUUGUCUGUCUUUCUCCCUGCCCCUCCCCCCUCUGA